AAACACAAAGUGUGCCGAAAGCACAAAUCCCACGACAUUUUUUCAUCGCUCGUUGCUUCUUCCUCCCUUUUAUUUUUUGUGUGUAGAUAGAAAACCCACUAAACUUCGGCUCUUAUCUCUUGGUUGCUUGGUUAUGGCUUCUUCCAUCGUUUUCGCUGCAGCUUCGGCUACUGGGCUGCUCUCUGUUCCUCCAUUGAAGGCUCGGAGAUUCUGCCUUCGUUCUUCUCUGGACACUGAUGUUUCCGACAUGAGCGUUAACGCUCCAAAGGGGUUAUUUCCACCGGAGCCAGAACCGUACAAGGGGCCAAAGCUGAAGGUGGCUAUCAUAGGAGCUGGACUCGCAGGCAUGUCAACUGCCGUAGAGCUACUGGAUCAAGGUCACGAGGUGGAUAUAUAUGAGUCAAGGCCUUUCAUUGGUGGCAAAGUCGGCUCUUUUGUAGAUAGGCGUGGCAACCACAUCGAAAUGGGGCUACAUGUUUUCUUUGGCUGCUACAACAAUCUCUUCCGUUUGAUGAAAAAGGUGGGUGCUGAGAAAAACCUUCUCGUGAAGGACCAUACUCAUACAUUUGUCAACAAAGGGGGUGAAAUCGGAGAGCUCGAUUUCCGGUUUCCUGUUGGAGCUCCGAUACACGGAAUUCGUGCAUUUUUGGUCACCAAUCAACUGAAGCCUUAUGACAAACUGAGGAACUCAUUGGCUCUUGCACUAAGCCCGGUUGUUAAGGCCCUUGUUGACCCCGAUGGAGCGAUGAGAGACAUAAGAGAUCUGGACAGCAUAAGCUUCUCAGAUUGGUUCUUGUCAAAAGGCGGAACACGGGCGAGUAUCCAGAGGAUGUGGGAUCCUGUUGCUUAUGCUCUUGGUUUCAUAGACUGCGAUAAUAUCAGCGCUCGAUGUAUGCUCACGAUAUUCUCCUUGUUCGCUACAAAGACCGAAGCUUCUCUGUUACGUAUGCUCAAGGGUUCGCCCGACGUUUAUUUGAGCGGCCCGAUCAGGCAAUAUAUCACAGAUAGGGGUGGCAGGUUCCAUUUAAGGUGGGGAUGCAGGGAAAUACUUUAUGAUAGAACAGCCGAUGGAGAAACAUACGUCACAGGGCUUGCAAUGUCUAAGGCUACUAACAAGAAAAUUUUGAAAGCCGAUGCAUAUGUUGCAGCUUGUGAUGUUCCCGGAAUCAAAAGACUGCUACCGAGCCAAUGGCGUGAAUCUCGAUUUUUCAACGAUAUAUACGAACUUGAGGGAGUACCUGUCAUCACAGUACAACUUAGAUACAAUGGUUGGGUCACUGAGUUACAAGAUAUUCAACUCGCAAGGCAGCUGAAACAAGCCGUCGGAUUAGAUAACCUUCUAUACACACCCGAUGCCGAUUUCUCAUGCUUUGCUGAUCUUGCACUCACGUCACCGGCCGAUUAUUACAUUGAAGGACAAGGCUCUUUGCUCCAGUGCGUUCUAACCCCUGGUGAUCCUUACAUGCCAUUAACGAACGACAAGAUCAUUGAGAAAGUGGCAAAACAGGUGACCGAGCUGUUCCCGUCAUCCCGGAGUCUAGAAGUUGUCUGGUCAUCGGUUGUCAAGUUCGGUCAGUCUCUGUACCGAGAAGCACCUGGCAAAGAUCCAUUCAGACCCGAUCAGAAGACGCCCAUAAAGAACUUCUUCCUCGCGGGUUCGUACACAAAGCAGGAUUACAUAGACAGUAUGGAAGGGGCGACGCUGUCGGGGAGACAGGCAUCGGCAUUCAUAUGCGAAGCGGGUACAGAACUGGCGGAGCUAAGCGAGAAGCUUUCGUCUUCUUCCACGGAGGGAGGAUCCUCUGCAACUCCAGUUGCCGAUGAGCUAAGUUUUGUCUCUUGAACAAUUUGGUUUAAAAAAAAUAAACAAGCUUGAAGUUCCCAUGCUUAAUUCUCUGAUGGUUAAAAUUGUAAAAAAAAAA